GCGCCGAAUCCUCUUCCGACCUAGAACUAUUCGACAUGCCAAAUUCGAACCUUUCUCACUUUCCAUCACCGUUAGAAUCGCACGAUAUCCCGCUAGAUGAUAGAUCUCAUCGGCACACUUACUUGCACAUAUACGGAGAGACGAAGAAGAAAAAAAUGCGAACCAAGGCGUCCCUUUUUUUUUUUUAUCUUCCCCUUCAUUUCCCUCGUUUUUGCAGUCUUCAUUCCUCUCUCACACACACCCAACCCCGGCGGCGUUUUACGGUUUUGUUUAGUUCCCCCUGAUAGGAGGAGGAAAGGAAAUGGGGAAAGGAUGGGUACGUUGGUUUUUGUUUAGUCUGGAGUAGUCCUGGGUUGACGAGGAACACGAUCGAUGAAAUUUUUUUUUCUUUUUUUUCUUUUGCUUCGAAGAAAUCGAAUGACGAGGAAGCUAUUUUCUUGUCCUUCUCCUAGUUAUU